AUGCCCUUCAUCUGGGUUCUUGAAAGCUUCCUGGAACUGCUCAAGCUCAUAGACACUGUCCACGACCGCUUGACGCCUCUUAUGUUUCAACAAGCCCACGAGGCCGACCACUCCCUCAAGCUCUAUUCCGGCUGGUUUUGUCCCUUCGUCCAACGCGUCUGGAUCGCCCUCGAAGAAAAGUCCAUCCAAUACCAAUACAUCGAAGUGAACCCGUACCACAAGCCCAAGUCCCUGCUCGACCUCAACCCGCGCGGUCUCGUCCCCACGCUGCAGUACAAGGACAAGCCGCUGUACGAGAGCACCGUGCUCGUCGAGUUUCUCGAGGAGGCGUUCCCAGAUCAUACGCCGCACUUGCAACCGAAAGAUCCCUAUGAGCGCGCGAGGACGAGGAUCUGGACGGAUUUCGUGACGAGUAGGAUUAUUCCUGGGUAUCAUCGGUUUUUGCAGCAUCAGGGGGAGGAGGGAUUGGAGGAGAAGCAGCAGGAGUUUCUAGGCCAUUUGAAGGAGUUUACGAAGGAGAUGGAUUCUAAAGGUCCAUUUUUCAAUGGCAAGGAGUUCGGGCUUAUUGAUGUGAUCCUUGCGCCUUGGGCUGUCCGCCUGUGGGUCUUCGACCACUUCAAGGGCGGAUUGGGAAUUCCGGCGAAAGGAAAGGGUGGAGAUGAUGAGGACACAUGGGAGCGGUGGAGGACGUGGAGCGAGGCGAUUCACAAGCGGAAGAGCGUGAUUGAGACAAUGUCUGACAGAGAACAUUACCUUCCUAUCUAUAAGCGGUAUGCGGAGGAUCGGGCGCAGAGCGAAUUGGCGAAGGCUACGAGGGCGGGCAAGGGCGUACCGUGA